AGGGAGCUCUCCUCCCAGCCUGCCGCAAACCGAUACGUCCUCUCUCAAACUGUACAGACGAUGCAGGUCGCCAUGGCUCCUGCCAUGCUCUCUCAGUAUCAUCUCAGCUCAGCCGCGGCACAGGUCCUCCCCACCCCGCCGGUGGCUACACGCAAGCGAAAGCGCGCCCACCAGUAUACCGUCAGCUACAGCGAGGUGCAAGAGGUUGAUAGCGACGGUCGACUGCGCGAAGUCCUCGUCAUCGAGGACACUCCCCCUCCCCCUUCCACCAUGUCCCCCUCAGUUACCAAUAACGUCUUUUCUGCCGCUUCUUAUCAACCUCCAGCCUACUCCGCACCUAUCAGGACACGAGCAAGGGCCGCCGCGGAAGCUCAAGCGCUGUCCGGCAGCUCUUCAUCUGCCAUCGUUGUUCCUCCAGCGAAGAAACGCAAGCGAGACCCGGCCGAGGAGGUCCGUGCUCAGGCGCCAAAGAAGGUCGCUGUCAGUGGCCCCCAGUCACAGGUAGCCGCAGCGACCAAAUCCUGGGAGAGCCGAAGCGGCGCGACGGACGAUACGUCAAAGGGUCCUGUUUCCUGCGACGACAAGGAAGGGCACUAUAUCAUCGUCCCAGAUGACAUGAUCUAUCGCCGUUAUAGAACUGUUCGGUUGCUGGGUCAAGGGACUUUCGGCAAAGUCGUCGAAGCUGUGGAUACUCAGACUGAUGCCCGGGUUGCUAUCAAAAUCAUACGGGCGAUCCCCAAGUAUCGAGACGCUAGCAAGAUCGAAGUGCGGGUACUCAACAAAUUGAAGGAGCGCGAUCCUUUGAAUCGACACAAAUGCAUUCACCUGCUCCAUUGGUUCGAUCAUCGAAACCAUAUCUGCCUAGUAUCCGAGCUCCUCGGGAUGUGCUUGUAUGAUUUCUUGAAGGAGAAUGACUUCGCGCCGUUUCCUCGGCAGCACAUACAAUCUUUUGCACGCCAACUGCUGGGCAGUGUUGCUUUUUUGCACGAUUUGCAUCUCAUCCAUACCGACCUAAAGCCCGAAAAUAUUCUGCUCGUUCAUAACGACUACAAGACAGUUCACGUCCCUGUUCCUGGCAAGCGCAACGCGCCGCCGAAGAUGAAGCGCAUCCUGCACUCGACGGAUAUCCGAUUAAUUGACUUCGGGUCUGCCACGUUUGAGAACGAAUACCACUCUACCGUUGUGUGCACAAGACAUUAUCGGGCUCCCGAGAUCAUUCUGGGUCAGUCUGCUUACAUCUCCCAUCGUUCUCGACUGACGAUCUCUGAGGCCUCGGCUGGUCCUACCCUUGUGAUGCUUACUCCCUCGGAUGCAUUUUGGUCGAAUUUUUCACGGGAAUGGCACUCUUCCAGACUCACGAUAAUCUGGAACACCUGGCCAUGAUGGAAAUGGUGAUGGGCAGGAUGUCCGAUCGAUUUGCUCGUGCAGGUGCUCGAUCCAAGCCCGAAUUUUUCAAGGACGGCGCCAAACUCGAUUGGCCAAAAGCGAAAGCGUCUCGGCAAAGCAAGAAGGACGUUCGGUCUACCCGCAGCCUACAAGAAGUAAUCCCGAACAGCGACGCUGUCGGCCGCCAGUUCUUCAACCUGGUUAAGGGAUUGCUGGCGUUCGACCCUGCGGAACGGCUGACUGUCAGAGAGGCUCUCAGUCAUCCCUAUUUCUCUCUCAUCAUCCCAAACGAAAUCUGAGUUGUACGCCAAGCUUUGGAUAUUCUUUGUUCGACCUGGAUCGUUUACGGACAGGCCUGUUUUACUACCUCCUGCACAGCACCCCAACUGUACUCUAUCUCACACAUCUCGUGGCCCUUAUUCUGGGUGAACGUAUUAUAUCUAUGGCUCAUGUAUCAACGAAAGGAAAAAUUAAAUAUUCUAGAAAUUUU